AUGGAGCCAACCGCAGGCAAGCCAGGCCUUCUGAAGAACGUUCUGGUACGCUGCUUCUUAUUCGGCGUUUUGAUCAUACUGUGCCGUUUUGCCUACGUCGUCACCGUCACCGGCGAGUCGUGCAAGCUCGGCAACUUCUGCUUCUUGUCUCUGCCUGAAAAUCUCAACUUCGUUAUUGCGAGAACCGGUGGUCCGGCCAUAGCCGCCAAAAACGGCGCCGUACCUUCGACUUCGGCGGGGUCCUCGCUACCGGAUCUGUACACCAGCAAGGACUGGAUUAAGGCCGUCCAUUUUUACUCCUCCGUCUUCCAAGAUCUCAUGGCGCAAGGCUUCCUCUCCCGGAAGGCCAAGUCUCUGUGCGUAGAGACCCCGACCGGGCAUGACGUGUACGCUCUGAGAGAGUCCGGCGUCAAGGGCGCCGUCGGUAUUUUCAAGAAAGCUUCGAGGCCUCUGGUAAUUCCAGGAGACCCGCACCGUUUACCGUUCGGUGACAAUAGUUUUGAUUUCGUUUUCUCGGGCGGAGGCAGACUCGAUAAGUCGCCAAAGCCGUCGGAUUUCGCCGCCGAGAUCGUACGGACGCUGAAGCCCGAAGGGAUUGCGGUGGUCCACAUCGGCGCGAAAGACACCUACAGCUUCCAUUCGUUUAUUGAUUUGUUCAAUUGCUGCAAGCUCGUGACUUCGCGCGACGUCGAGGGUUUCGAUGAUUCCAUGCCCAAAAUUCGCGAGAUGGUGUUGAAGAAGGAGUGUGAUGAUGGUGAGAUUGAGCUUCUGAGCAAUACUAGGAUUGAGAACGGUGGUGGCAAUUUGGGUAAUAAGUGCUCGGUUCCUGGGCAUAAGCUAGAGUUGGUCAGGAAAGCCGAGCCUUUGAUUGAAACAGAGCCGUUGAAGCCAUGGAUUACUUUGAAGAAGAAUAUACAGAAUGUCAAGUACCUUCCAGCAAUGGCGGAUAUAAGCUUUAAGAAGCGGUAUGCUUAUGUGGAUGUUGGAGCUAGAGGCUAUGGCUCCAGCAUUGGCAGCUGGUUCAAGAAGCAAUACCCAAAACAGAACAAGACUUUCGAAGUGUUUGCCAUUGAGGCCGAUAAAACUUUUCAUGAGCAGUACAAGUUGAAGAAGAGGGUUACUUUGUUGCCUUAUGCAGCUUGGGUGAGGAACGAAACACUGUCGUUUGAGAUUAACGGUGACCCGGGCGAGAAGGUGAAGGAGAAAGGCAGAGGUAUGGGGAGAAUUCAGCCGGCGAAGUCGGCUGAUGGCGGGUUUAAUGGGGAGGUGGAUCAAAUUCAGGGGUUUGAUUUCGCAAAUUGGUUGAAGAACACCUUUUCGGAGAAGGAUUUCGUGGUGAUGAAGAUGGAUGUGGAAGGGACCGAAUUCGAUUUGAUCCCGAGGCUGUUUGAGACAGGAGCCAUUUGUUUGAUUGAUGAGAUUUUUCUGGAGUGCCAUUACAAUAGGUGGCAGAGGUGUUGCCCUGGUGAGAGGAGCUCAAAGUAUGAGAAAACUUAUGGUCAAUGCUUGGACCUCUUCACUUCACUGAGGCAAAGUGGAGUUCUUGUUCACCAAUGGUGGUGA